CUGAUCUCCUUCCUGCUUCGUCACAGCUGCUAGCGCUGCUCAAGUCGCGCCUUCCCUGCUAGUUAGCUAGCUAGCCAGCUAGAUUUUUCCACUGACCCAGAGACUGGAUCAUCAUAUAUAUUGCAGUAACAUUUGUAGAGACAACUCAGUGAGCCUUUGCAGUCUGAAAAAGCACUAGAACCGCCGGGACAUGGCCAGACAAGAGCAAGUCCUCCUGCUGGAUCCGCCACAUGAGCUGAAAUUCCGGGGUCCUUUCACAGAUGUGGUGACCACCACGCUGAAGCUUGCCAACCCCACAGAUAGGAACGUGUGUUUCAAAGUGAAGACUACAGCGCCGCGACGGUACUGUGUCAGGCCAAACAGCGGCGUGAUCGACGCGGGAACCUCUAUCAAUGUGUCCGUGAUGCUGCAGCCGUUUGACUACGACCCCAACGAGAAGAGCAAACACAAGUUCAUGGUGCAGUCCAUGCUGGCGCCAAACGACAUGACGGACAUGGAGGCCGUGUGGAAGGAGGUGAAGCCGGAGGAGCUGAUGGACACCAAGCUGAGGUGUGUCUUUGAGAUGCCCUCGGAGAACGAGAAAACGCACGACAUUGAAACCAACAAAGUCCAUGCCGCCAGCGUGCUGAAGUCCGAGUCGGCGUCGCUGAAGUCGGCCAGCUCGUCGCUGGACGACUCGGAGGUGAAGAAGAUCAUGGAGGAGUUCAAGCGCCUGCAGACAGAGGUGCAGCGACUGCGAGAGGAGAACAAGCAGAUGAGGGAAGAUGACGGACUCCGCAUGAGGAAGAGUGCCCUAAUGUCCUCACAGCCCGCCUCCUCCUCUUCCUCAGUCUCUGUGAUGAGGGAUGAAGGUCCCGGCACUAGGAUCCUGGCGCUGUCUGUGCUGUUCUUCGUAAUCGGCGUGAUCAUCGGGAAGCUGCUCUUGUAAGAGACGGACGACGACAGCAUGUUUUUCGCGGAUGAAACGGGAGAGAGGGAAAAGGAAUGCUUCUGGAGAUUUGAUCAGAAUGCCGUAUCGUAUGGAUCCAAUCUGAAUAGCGAAAUUGUGUAAAACUAAUAAAAAAAGAAGGUAGUCCAUUAUGUAACAAAAAAAA